AUGGCGCAGACGGACAAGCAGCCGGAGUUUUUCCCCGAGGCGAAGGUGUUCUGCAACGGCGAGGAGGUGAUGACGGUGGGGGGUACUCAGGCGGAGUACGUCGUGGACAUCUGGAGCGGGAACCACCCGUUUUUCCUCGGAAAGUCCACGGCUAUCAUGACCAACGCGGGGCAGGUGUCUCGGUUCGGCGACAAGUACGGCGACCUCGGGGCGAUGUCCGAGGUGGAGACGAUCGACACCCCGUCGAAGAAGGACGAGAAGAAGAAGUGA